AUGGAGCCGGAGGAAAGCGGGGCGCGAGAAGCCCCCAACCUGGCGCAGAUGGCCGCCUCCAAACUCAGCCGGAUCGGGGACAGGAGCAAGCGGCUGGGCAGCGCCAUGCAGGAGCCGGCCCGCCAGAGGCGGAUCGUCCUGGUCAUCGUGUGCGUGGUGCUGCUCCUGGACAACAUGCUCUACAUGGUCAUCGUGCCCAUCAUCCCGGACUACCUCGAGGGGAUGCGCCAGGGGCAAGGCGGGCAAGCCUCCCCCGCCCCGGGCAACGGCAGCGAGCGGGGAGCGGCGCACGGGGGCGACUUCGACAUGCAGGUCGGAGUCCUGUUCGCCUCCAAGGCCAUCGUGCAACUGCUCGUCAACCCGCUGAGCGGCACCUUCAUCGACUGGGUGGGCUACGACAUCCCGCUGGUCAUCGGCCUGGGCAUCAUGUUCCUGUCCACGCUGGGCUUCGCCCUGGCCGAGAACUACGUCACGCUGCUGCUGGCGCGCGGCAUGCAGGGCAUCGGCUCGGCCUUCGCCGACACGUCGGGCAUCGCGCUGAUCGCCGACCGCUACACGGAGGAGGCCGAGCGCAGCCGCUCGCUGGGCAUCGCGCUGGCCUUCAUCUCCUUCGGGAGUCUGGUGGCGCCCCCCUUCGGCGGGAUCUUGUACCAGUUCGCCGGCAAGCGGGUGCCCUUCCUCAUCCUGGCCGCCGUGUGCCUGGCCGACGGGCUCAUGUGCCUGGCGGUCCUCAAGCCCUUCGCCGACCGCGAGCGGGCCAACAUGCCGGUGGGCACGCCCAUCUGGCGGCUCAUGGCCGACCCGUACAUCGCGGUGGUGGCCGGGGCGCUGACCAUCUGCAACAUCCCGCUGGCCUUCCUGGAGCCCACGCUGGCCACGUGGAUGGAGAAGACCAUGAACUCCAGCAACUGGGAGAUGGGCAUGACCUGGUUCCCCGCCUUCUUCCCGCACGUGCUGGGGGUCUUCCUGACGGUCAAGCUGGCCGCCAAGUACCCGCACCUGCAGUGGUUCUACGGGGCCGUGGGCAUGGUGUUCAUCGGGGCCAGCUCGUGCACGGUGCCGGCGUGCAAGAACUUCGGGGAGCUGAUGGUGCCGCUGUGCGGGAUCUGCUUCGGCAUCGCCUUCGUGGACACGGCGCUGCUGCCCACGCUGGCCUUCCUGGUGGACGUGCGCCACGUGUCCGUCUACGGCAGCGUGUACGCCAUCGCGGACAUCUCCUACUGCGUGGCCUACGCCAUGGGGCCCGUGGCGGCCGGCAAGAUCGUGCACGACCUGGGCUUCGCGCAGCUCAACCUGGGCAUGGGCCUGGCCAACGUGCUGUACGCGCCCGCGCUGCUGCUGCUCAAGAACGUGGCCGGCAUGAGGCCGUCGUACUCGGAGAGGAACAUGCUGCUGGAGGACGGCCCGGCGGGACUGUACGAGUCCGUCAAGGAGGAGGAGAGGCAGAAGAAGAGGAAAGGCCUGAGCGCCGCCGCGGACGACGGCGCCGUCGAGACCUUCGUGCGCCGCUCCUUCUCCGAGUCCUCGGGUGGCGAGUCCGCCUGAAGUCGCCGCAAACGCCGGCCAUUGGCGCG